AUGGAUGGCAAAAAGACACGCUACAAUGUGCUUUAUAUGAUAGCCCAUCAAAGUUUGAGGAGAGGUAUGAAGAAUGGUGCAAAUGACAUAGGGCUUAUGAAGAAUGAGGAAGUAAAACAUGUGACUUACGCCAAAUUAAGCGCGGUGGAUUACACGACGUUUAUCGGGCUAGAGGCCCUGUCUGUUGGUUAUGGGCUGAUGAACACAGAUAAUGGUUUGGAAGCAGCGUCGUCGGGUAAUAAUACUUUGCAGAUCCUUGAAGUGAUGUUCACUAAAUGCAUCGACCGCAACCGAUAUGGUAGAAGUCCAGCGAUGUGCACGACUCCAAAAUGUGGCGCAAAGAAUUCUAUAUGUCCAGGUGAUUCUGGCGGACCAAUCAUACACAAAUCGGGUGUAGUUGCCGUCCAUUCUACUGGCGUAAAAUGUCAAAGUCCAUAUUAUUCACCACGCCAAUUUCGAAGAAAUUUAGGCGUUGCUGUACCAGUGAGUCCGUUUUUCAGUUGGAUUUUGGAACAAAUGAGACUUGGAAGUGUUUAA